AUGUGGGCGCUGGCGCAGGGCGAGACGCAGGUGCUGCAUCACCAGAUCACGGAGCUGGCCCAGAAGCGCAUGUCGACGCUGGACUACCUGCGGAAGGCCCACGAAGGCCGCGUCUACUGGUUCAACACAUACCUCUUCGACAAGCCCGACCUCUCGCGAAUGCCCAGCUUCGACCCCCGCAAGCUCUCCCGCAAGGCCACAAACUACCUCCUCCUCGGCCUCUCCAUCCCCACCAUCCACGACCUCUACUCGUCCACGCCGCUCGAGUUCCUGCGCUGCCUCAACGCCCUGCUCGCCGAGUUCGACUCCUUCCAGCAGCUCCACGGCGACUCCUCCAACGCCGCCCUCAGCCGCGCCCGCCUGCCCAACAUGUUCCGCCGCCCCGGCAUGAAGACCCGUCGCUCGACAUCCGCCGACGUCACCUUUGACGACUCCGGCUCUGGCCACCAAUCGCCCGCCGCCGGCUCGACAAACGGCGGCCCGGCCCCGGCGGUCAUGAACUUUGCGGCCUCGGAGUCCGACCUGCUCCCCGGCGAGGAGUACACGUACCUGCUGACGCCGUCGCUGCCCUUUGACCCGGACUUUUUCGAGACGUUUGCGACGCUGUGCGAUGUGCUCAUCGACUGCUACACAAAGUUUCUGGCGCUGGUGCCGUCGGCGAGGGAGUGCACGGCGCCAGUGGCCGAGCUGUUUACAAAGGCGGAUUCCAGGAUUCGCAAAAUCAUUGUGCAGGGCGUGGUGAAGGACUUUGAAGACCACAGCAGGAUGCACGUCAAGUCUGAAGUGGCGGGCAUAGGCAAGGUUGUGCUGGGAGGGUUAAUGUGAAGGUCUUACAUUGCAAGCGACGGCAUGCCUGUUUUAAUGAUAAUUUGCGAUUUUGAUUUUUUUGGGUUUUUCUGCCUUCUUCUUUUCUGCUGUACGAUAUUGGAAUUACGACACCACCUAUUGCAAAGGGUUGUCUUUAUUUGGGGCUAUUUGGGAAGCGGCUCAAUCAUCUGGAGUUACGGCGGACAGAAGAAUCAUGGAAUAAUGGGUGGGAACAUGCGUGUAUCUACCUGGAAUGUUACAAACAAGCGGAGAUGUUUAUAUGCGUACGUAGUACCUCUAUAAUUGGUAGUUGGCUCAAGACGAAAGCGGUGAACCGCCGUCAAUUGGAUCUAUAUACUGAGAAUACAAAUACAUGUGCCGUUGUUCCAUCUUUUUUGGGAACGGGCAUCUAUACAUGCACAUACAUGUAGGGAAUAUCAUACAAGGUCCAUCUAUAGAACAAAGACAUACAUGAUACAGUCCAAGUCAUCAUCGUACACUCAUUGCUCAUUUCUUCGUCCUGGCCUCUUCCUCCAAAACCAGCAGCUCAACCUCCCUUGCCACCAGCCACUCCCUCGCAGCCUCCAUCACUCUAUCCAGCGUCUCCCCUCCCUCCAACACAUUCGGCAAGUUGUGCACAUCCAGCCCAGCCCUGUGGUCCGUACACCUAUCCUGGUUGUAAUUAUACGUGCGGAUCUUGUCGCCUCGCGUGAUUUGCGCCUGCGACAGCACGCUGCUCCGAAGCUUGGCGGCCUCCUCCUCGCGCUGCUCGGCCCGCUGCGUGGCAAUGCGGGAACGG